CAUACAUAUACUCAAACACACACACACACACACACACACACACACACACACACACACACCCAGUGCUGGGGUUAGAAGCCUGUGCCACUGCUACCCAGACCAAGUUUCCUUUGUCCUCACUUUCUUUGGGUGUUGAUGAAUGCCUGGAGCAAGAUACUAAACAGUCAACAUUCAAGGAAUCUCAGCAGAUGCUGUCCUAGGCCAGGGCCACUGUGAUGGACGGCAGGGGGUUCCUGGCAGGGGCAGGGCACAGUUCCAGACUGUGAUGGACGGCAGGGGGUUCCUGGCAGGGGCAGGGCACAGUUCCAGACUGUGAUGGACGGCAGGGGGUUCCUGGCAGGGGCAGGGCACAGUUCCAGAAGGGCUUUGGGAUGGACUGGAGAGAUGGCUAAGUGGUCCUAAGCACUGGCUGCUCUUCCGGAGGAUCUAGAUUAAAAUCUUAACAACCACAUGGAGUCGAACAACUGUUUAUAACUCCAGUUCUGGUGGAUUCAAUGCCUUCUGACCUCCCUGUGCAUCACUUGUAUGUAAAACACUCACAUUUUCUUUUUCUUUUCUUUUCUUUUUUUUUUUUUUUUUUUUUUUUUGGUUUUUAAGACAGGGUUUCUCUGUGUAGCCCUGGCUGUCCUGGACCUCACUCUGUAGACCAGAAAGAAAGGAAAGAAGAAAAAAAAUCUGUGUGUGAGAGGAGGGAGGAAGAGUAACAAUGGGUUAAAACCUUGGGAGCCUGAGGGAGAUGGUCCAGGAUCAAGAUGGAUGCUCUGGGGCCAGGGCUAUCAAGUGGAAACCAAGUUUCCCUGAUCAGCCAUAAGUAGAAUCCCAAACCGACCAGGUGGGGACAGAUGUGUGGGGAUUGGAGCUGUAGUCCAGACACUCUCAAGCCUUCUGAAGCAAUCUCUCUUGGUGGUGGUGGUGGUGGUGGUGGGUGUGUCUUAAGGACCCUGAUGCUCAGGGCCAUCCUGAAGAAGGAAGAUUUCUAGGGUUACAAGGGCAGGGGUGGGGGAGGGGAGCUCUUCCUGAGUCUUUGGUGUUGAUGCAGUCACCUCUGCAUGGGGUCAGGAACCAGGAUAUCCUGGCUUCCCGCGUCACCCAGGUGGCUCCCCCUGGAAUUCCUUAGAUGUCACUGCCUGGGAAGUUCCCAGUGACUGACUGAGGUGACAUGCCAGAGAGCAUGGUCCAGAGGGGAGUGGGGGGACGGAGCUCCGAGGCUGAGAUGCCAGUCUAGAGGGUGCUUUCUGACCCAGGCGUCCCGCCUCUGCCUCUAAUUACCAAGCUUCCCCACGCGAGGUUUGCCCCCAUUUUGUGGCUUCCAAUAACUAUCACGGAUGAAAGGUAGCCUUCCUUGUGAUUAUAAAGAUGACAGCCUCUUAGGUUCUCAAGCACCUAGACUCGGAGCACCCCGCCUUGGGGGCCAGUAGACAGCCAUGAUGCUCACCUGGAAGCUGCUAGGCCUGCUGGUCCUUUGCCUGUGUGCAGGAGGCAUUUCAGGCAAUGGCGACCCUUCUCCCGGAUCUACAGACACCCACGAAGAGGAGGACUCCCCACCAUUGCCUCUGGGACCCCCAAUCCCUGGUGAUCCCUGGCCUGGGGCGCCUCCUUUGUUUGAUGAACCUCCGCCUCCAGGCUCCAACCGUCCCUGGAGAGAUCUUCCUGACAGUGGUGCCUGGCCCCCAAAGCCCCCAAGCACUGAUCCCCCUAAACCUCCUCUGCCUGAUGACCCCUGGCCAGCAGGAACCCAGCCCCCAGAAAACCCCUGGCCUCCUGCCCCUGAGAUGGACCAUGAAUCUCAGGAGGAGCCAGACCUUGACCCACCCCAGGAAGAGUAUAGAUAGGGGACCCUAGGGAACGUGAGCCUCCACAGAGCACACCAAAGCCCACCUUUUUCAUUGGCUGCCCGCUUAGAAUCUCAAUUUUCCCUAAUCCCUUAGUUCCCUUCCUCAGUCUCUGUUUGAAUUGUGUUCUAUGUUGGAAGUGUCUAUGCUCUGCAACCCCCCCUCCCUCCACUUUGUGGUCCCUGUUCAGUCAUUAUGUUGUCCCUUCGCUUCUCUUGAUCAGCAGAAAGCACACUCCUACCUCACUCAGCCUGUUCUUGCUUGUCUAGACCUGGACUUCUAGGCAGAGCCUGAGCUCUGUGCUCUCUGCUGCCCCCUGGUUUUCUUAGCUGGGAACUGACAGUCGAUCAGGAUGGUGCUUCCAAUGGAAAAAUAAAAGCCACGUUUUCUUCUGAA